CGGAUCUCAGUUUGAAAUUUAAGCGCCAGAUUCAAGAAGAAGAAGACUGAGGUAACAAACCAAAAAUGCCAGUCAGUGGGGAAGAAGAGAUGGAUGUAGCGCCACCCAUGACACCUGCAGCCACCAGAGCUUUUAACAUUAAAGAUUAUGGAGAGAUUGAGAUACCUUCAGCACCCGAAUCUGUGGCCACAUAUGACAUAAAUGGGCCACGUCUAAUGAUUUCACAUAUUGUGAAUGAAAAUUUCAAGUCUUAUGCUGGGGUACAGACUCUUGGACCAUUUCAUAAGAGUUUUACGUCUAUUGUUGGCCCAAAUGGAAGUGGCAAGUCCAAUGUUAUAGACUCCAUGUUGUUUGUGUUUGGUUACCGAGCCAACAAAAUUAGAUCCAAAAAAAUCAGUGUCUUGAUUCACAACAGUCAAAACCACAAAGACAUUUCAUUUUGCUCGGUCGCAGUUCAUUUCCAGAUGAUCAUAGACACUGGGCCUGGUGACGAUGAGUUUACGAUUGUGCCGAAUUCAAAGGUGGUAGUUUCCCGCACAGCGUACAAAGACAGCUCCUCCCACUACUCGGUGGACGGGAAGAAGAGCUCGUACAAAGAAGUCGCAAAACUACUCCGCGGAUUUGGCAUUGACCUCGAUCACAACAGGUUUCUUAUUUUGCAAGGUGAAGUUGAGCAGAUUGCCAUGAUGAAACCAAAAGCCUUGACAGAACAUGAGGACGGAAUGCUGGAGUUUCUCGAAGACAUUAUCGGCAGUAACAGGUUUAAAGAGCCGAUCGACGUACUUGGAAAACGUGUGGAGACACUCAGUGAAUUUCGAGUGGAAAAGCUGAAUCGAGUGAAGGCUGUUGAGAAGGACAAGGAUGCGUUGGAGGGGCCAAAGGACGAGGCUCUUCAGUAUCUGAUUCUCGAGAACGACAUCUGCAUUGUGAAGAGCAAGCUCUACCAGAAAUACAUUGCUGAGGGAAUGGAAAAUGAAGAAAAAGCCAAAGUUGAGUUUGACAAAGUUAAUGAAAGCAUGAAGGAAGCUAAUGAGAAAAUAAAAAUCAUCACUGAUGCCAAGAAGGAAAAAGCUAAAGAAAACAAGGAGAUAUACAAAGAGUAUGAGGCUCAUUCCAAACAGUGCGAGGAGACAAAGGAGAAGUUCAGUGAAUUUGACAGACAGGACGUCAAAUGUAGGGAAGACAUCAAACACACUAAACUCAAGAUUAAAAAGCUGGAAAAAACGCUGGAACAGGAGAAAAAGAAGAUUGAGCAGUUUGAAGCGGUGCCUGCCGAGAGUGAGAAGCUGGUGUGUGAGUUGAAUAAGAAGCUGGAGGAGCUGGAGAAGAAGAAGAAGAAAGAGGAUGAGAAACUGGCCGAGGUGAUGGACAGUCUGAAGACUGAGACCAAAGGCAUGCAGGAGGAGAAGGAGAAAAAAGAAGACAAAUUACUCGGACUGCAGAAAAGUGUCAAUGAAACAAAGUCGAAGCUUCAAGUGGCUCAGUCUGAAUUGGAUAUUUAUCUCAGCAAUCAGCAGAGUGAAACGAGCAAGCUGAAAGAAACAGAAAGAAACUUGGCAAAGACAGAAGCAAAUCUGAGCGAAAGGAAAAAAGAAUUGACAGAUCUGAAUAAGAAAUUACCUGAAGUUGAGAAGCUGGUGAUGAAUUCCAAGAAAGACAUCCAGACAGCGACCGAGGCAGAAGCAAAAGCAACUGAACAGGUUCGGUCUCUGCGACACAAAGUAGAAGAAUCGAGAAAUUCUCUUCACAGUGCUAGGAAGCAGGGCCGGGUGCUUGAAGCGUUGAUGGAUCAGAAGAACCGGGGCAUCAUUCCGGGCAUCUUCGGAAGACUGGGUGAUCUUGGAGCGAUUGAUGAGAAGUACGACGUGGCGAUUUCGACAGUUUGCGGAGCACUCGACCACAUCGUGGUGGACACCAUAAACACGGCACAGAAAUGUGUCGAGUUCCUCAAGAAGAAUAAUGUCGGGGUGGCCACGUUUAUUGGUCUCGAGAAAAUGGCGAGGUGGAUCGAGCACACAAAAAGGAAAAUUAACACACCCGAGUCGAUUCCACGACUGUUUGACUUGGUUACGGUGAACGAUCCCACCAUUCUGCCGGCUUUCUACUUCGCUCUUCGUGACACCCUCGUUGCAAAAGACCUGGACCAGGCAACACGAAUCGCGUACGGCAAGACCAGAUACAGAGUGGUCACUUUACAAGGCCAGCUCAUUGACCAGUCCGGUACAAUGAGUGGAGGAGGUACCAGUAUGUGCAGGGGAAAGAUGGGUUCCUCGCUUUCCACCGACACCGUCGAUCCAAAAGAACUUGCCAACAUGGAAAACACACUGGAAAAGCUGACGAUGGAAGCCCAGCAAUGCCGAUGUAAUAAAGAGAAACUGGAGGAUAUGAUAGGACAGAAUGAAAAAGCCUUCACUCAGAUGAAACACACACAUAAGAAAUACACCAUGGAGAUUAAAGCAAUGACAGAACAGUUGGUGACACUGAAAAGUCAGAUAGCUGAACAGGAAGAGAGAGUGAAGGCUGCUGCACCGGAUAAGGAACAUCUACAAGAGCUGGAGAAGAAAGUUGCGGAAUACAAGAAAGAUUAUGACAAAGUUGCAAGUGUUGCUUCGAAAAUAGAAGAUGAAGUACAGAGUCUGCACAAACAAAUCAUGGAUAUCGGAGGUUCUAAGCUGCAAGCUGUUCAGUCCAGAGUGGAUGCCAUAUCAAAUAACAUUGACCAGGUCACCGGACAGAUCACAAAGGCAAACGUUGGGGUCAAAACAGCCGAACGAAACUUAAAGAAGGUUGAAGACAAAGUCGUUUCUGUUGAGGAGGAGAUUGCAGAGAGCAGUGCGAAGAUGACUGAAUUAAACUCAAAGCUCAAGCUGCUGGAAGAAGACGCAACCAAGGUCUUACAGGCGUACCAGAAGUCUCAGGAUGACAUGAAGGUUAUUGAGGAUUCGCUGAAUGCUAACAAGAAAGAGCUGGUGAAGCUAGAAGAGGAGGAAAACAAGCUACAGAAAGAAACGAUCGACGUCAGACAUGAGGUGGAGAAGUUCGAAAACCUCGUCAAGAAGAACCAGGCCAAAGUGGAUUACUGGAAAAAGGAGCUGAGUCAGUUGAAAAUGCACAGCAUCAAUGGAGAAGAGAAACCGGAACUUGUGACGAUCGCGAAGGAAGAUCUAGAGACUAUAAACAAGGCCGAUGUCCAGUACGAAAUCACCGUCCUCGAGGAGAAACUGGCCGGAAUGAAACCAAACAUGGCUGCGAUUGCAGAGUACAAAAAGAAGGAGGAACUGUACCUGCAGCGAGUGAGCGAGCUGGAUGACAUCACCAGUGUCCGCGACCAGCAGCGCAAGUACUACGAGAGUCUACGCAAACAGCGACUGGAGGAGUUCAUGUCGGGCUUCAGCCUCAUCACCAACAAGCUGAAGGAGAUGUACCAGAUGAUCACGCUAGGUGGCGACGCUGAACUUGAACUCGUCGACUCGCUCGACCCUUUCUCUGAGGGCAUCGUGUUCAGUGUGAGGCCACCGAAAAAGUCAUGGAAAAACAUCUCCAACUUGUCGGGAGGGGAGAAAACUCUGAGUUCCCUUGCGCUGGUGUUUGCCUUGCACCACUACAAACCCACACCUCUGUAUGUCAUGGAUGAAAUUGAUGCUGCUCUCGAUUUCAAGAAUGUAUCCAUUGUUGCCAAUUACAUAAAGGAACGGACAAAGAAUGCCCAGUUCAUAAUCAUCUCUCUAAGAAACAACAUGUUCGAGCUGGCAGACCGACUUGUUGGUAUUUACAAGACUGACAACUGUACAAAGUCUGUGACGAUCAACCCACAUAAACUGUCACUACCACUUCAAGAGAGAAACACAGUCAACUGAUAAUUCACGGCACAAUGUCUGCGAUGAUCAAUCUACAUAAACUAUCAUUACCACUACAAGAGAGAAACACAGUCAACUGAUCAUUCACGGCACAAUGUCUGCGAUGAUCAAUCUACAUAAACUAUCAUUACCACUACAAGAGAGAAACAGUCAACUGAUCAUUCACGGCACAAUGUCUGCGAUGAUCAAUCUACAUAAACUAUCAUUACCACUACAAGAGAGAAACAGUCAACUGAUCAUUCACGGCACAAUGUUUGCGAUGUUCAAUCCACAUAAACUAUCAUUACCACUACAAGAGAGAAACACAGUCAACUGAUAAUUCACGGCACAAUAUCUGCGAUGUUCAAUCUACAUAAACUAUCAUUACCACUACAAGAGAGAAACACAGUCAACUGAUAAUUCAUGGCACAAUAUCUGCGAUGUUCAAUCUACAUAAACUAUCAUUACCACUACAAGAGAGAAACACAGUCAACUGAUAAUUCAUGGCACAAUGUCUGUGAUGAUCAAUCUACAUAAACUAUCAUUACCACUACAAGAGAGAAACAGUCAACUGAUCAUUCACGGCACAAUGUCUGCGAUGAUCAAUCUACAUAAACUAUCAUUACCACUACAAGAGAGAAACAGUCAACUGAUCAUUCACGGCACAAUAUCUGCGAUGUUCAAUCUACAUAAACUAUCAUUACCACUACAAGAGAGAAACACGGUCAACUGAAAAUGUCUGUGACGAUCAACCUACAUAAACUAUCAUUACCACUACAAGAGAGAAACACAGUCAACUGAAAAUGUCUGUGACGAUCAACCUACAUAAACUAUCAUUACCACUACAAGAGA